AUGGGACAACGCUAUCCCUACCCCAUCCGACGAGAGCCCACAGGUACGCAGGGAGGCGUCGGUUACUUCCUGGACUGUUUCUUGCCCGACAUUUUCGAUCUGAAGCAAGUACUGACGUACUGCAAAUAUCAGAACACGCGGAGGUUUGGCAUGCUCGAUCUAAAGAGCAUGAGAGUGCCCGAAAUCACGAGGAGAGACCGGGUACACGAGCUGGAAAACCAAGUCAGAGCAACGGCGACGCGUCCCAUCUCGUCGACGGUGUAUCUGGGUCUCGGUCAUUCUACCACGUCAGGAGUGGGCGCCGAUAAGAAUGCCUUACAUGACCACGAACGAGCCUUACUCAGAGGGAAAGGUUUCAAGACGCAAUAUUUCGGCCCAAGUCAUGGAGCCAAUCUACUUCUACAAUUCGAGGAACUUUCCCGCUUUGUGAAGGAUAUCUUGCAGCGACUGCCGACACUCGAAAAGUCGAGAAUUCUCUGGAAAAAUCAACCCCACGAUCUCAGCGCCGGCUUGAUUCUUCCAGAGUUUGACACUCUGGUGUCGUUGAUACCCGAACAGACCCGCACAGAUACUCUGGUGCAAGAAUAUUUCGAGACACUUGAGACGACAUAUCGGAUUCUACAUGCACCGACCUUCUUUCGCAAGUACAAAGAAUUCUGGACAUCGUCCAGAGACUCAUCCUUGGUGUUCCUCGUGCAACUUCUUCUUGUGUGCGCCAGCACGAACUGCGCUGUUGCUGGCAACCCCUCGGGGUUUGUCGGUCGGAGUACCGUUUGCCGUGACGCAGCGGUUAAAUGGAUCGAGGUCUGCGAGAGUUGGCUAGAGCUGCAAAGCCACAAGCACAUGACACUGGAAGUCUUUCAGAUCCGCGUUCUCCUGGUCAUUGCCAAGAAGCUGAACUGCAUCAAAAUCAAGCGAGAAUGGACCGUUUCAGGACACCUGCUGCGGCAAGCCAUGUCGUCUGGGCUGCAUCGAGAGCCCACCUUCUUGAGUAAUACCAUCUCGGUUUUCGACCAAGAGAUGCGCAGAAGACUGUGGUUCACAAUCCUCGAACUUGAUAUCCAAAAUAGCCUCGACCGCGGCAUGGGAGCAAGCAUCGGUGCACUCGACUGGGACACUUUGCCGCCGCUGAACCUCCACGAUGAGGACUUUGAUGAAACCACGGAGAAGAUGCCCCCGGCUAGGCCAAUGACCGAGUUCACUCGCACUUCGUUCCUCUGCCUAGCACAUCAACACUUGCCUCUCCGGCUAGAGAUAAUCUCCCGGGUCAACAGCGUCCGUACCUGUCUCGAAAGCGAUACCGUCAUCGAGCUUGAUCAAAGGAUCCGACAGACCCUCGACAGCCUCCCCAAAUGGUCUGAUCACACUGCAAGUGCCAUGGCGGAAGCCCUCUCGGAGCUACUCCUCUACGAGAUGCUCCUGCUCAUGCACCAGCCAUUUGCCGUUCAACUAGACGCGGCGGCACGACACUUUUACUCACGCGCCGCCCGGCGGAACGCCGCACUGUCAACAAUGAGGAUUUUCACCGGACUACCACCCAGUAGAAGGAGGACUUACCUCAAUCUUCGAGAUGAUCUGUUCCGGGCCUGCCUGGCAACCUGCCACGACCUCGUCGUUUCAACCCGUUCGAAGGAGGAAUUGCUGCAGGAUCCAACCGUUGCCGAAGAUCUGAUGGAGCAGGCCGUCAACGUCAUGGAAGAACGCAUCAAGAGGCUCGGCCAAGGGUUUCACACGUACUGGCUCACCUGUAGCGCCCUCGGGCUGCUGCAUUCCAAAUCGUCCCCAGGGGAGCCAGCGGAAAAGUUUGCUCAAGCGACGGCCGACCGCGUAGCCACUCUCCAGAACUACCUGAUGUCACAACAGAUUCAGCCUGUGCCAGGCAGCAACGGCGUCGAAGAUAUGACCAUGAGCACGGCCAACACGCUGGUGGGGAUGAGUGCUCAGCCGACGCCCGGUUCACACCUACCGGAGCUUGAUCCGUUCGUGACGACGACCACGGACCCAUUCAACACCUUUUCCGAGACAUUGUUUGAUUUUGAUAUUACGGAUCUCUGGCAUUUCGGUGGGAUUGGAGGCACCACGCACUACUGA